AAUAGCUAUCUUCGUUUUGAUAUUUCUCAACAUGCUGACGAUGGGGAUCGAGCACUACAAUCAGCCGCAUCCCAUCUUCUUCGUCCUCGAAGUGUCGAACGCGUUUUUCACGACUGUUUUCGGCCUGGAAGCGAUCGUCAAAAUAAUAGGUCUGCGUUAUCAUUACUUCACGGUGCCGUGGAAUCUGUUCGACUUCUUACUUGUAAUGGCGUCCAUCCUGGGUAUUCUGAUGGAAGACAUCAUGAUAGACUUUCCUGUGCUCAUUAAGGCUGCGAAAGGUAUCCGCAAGCUGCUCUUCGCCCUUGUCGUCAGUCUUCCAGCGCUCUUCAACAUCGGGGCUCUGCUGGCCCUGAUUACAUUUAUCUAUGCCAUCAUUGGCAUGUCUGUUUUCGGGCAUGUGAGGAAACAAGGCGCAUUGGACGAUAUGGUGAACUUCGAAACCUUUGGUAGAAGUAUGCAGCUGCUGUUCCGUUUGAUGACUUCGGCCGGAUGGAACGAUGUGUUGGAGUCGCUGAUGGUUCAACCACCUGAAUGCGAUCCCACCCCAAACAGCCGACAGAUGAACGGAGACUGCGGAUAUCCCUUGCUAGCGAUCACAUACUUCACAUCAUUUAUCAUCAUUAGCUACAUGAUAGUCAUCAACAUGUACAUUGCCAUUAUCUUGGAGAAUUUCAAUCAAGCUCAUCAAGAGGAGGAGAUUGGCAUCGUCGAGGAUGACUUAGAGAUGUUCUACAUCCGAUGGUCGAAGUAUGAUCCGCAUGCAACGCAAUUUAUUAGCUUCUCGCAGUUGAGCGACUUUAUAGCAAGUCUAGACCCGCCGCUGGGGAUAUCAAAGCCCAACGUGGUAGCGUUGGUCAGCUUUAAUCUUCCCAUCGCAAAGGGUAACAAGAUUCAUUGUCUGGACAUCCUACACGCGCUUGUCAAGCACGUUCUUGGACACGUUGAGGAAUCGGACGACUUCAGGAAGCUGCAGGAACAGAUGGACGUCAAGUUCAAGAAGCAGUUUCCGACCAGAAAAGAACUUGAGAUAGUGUCUUCCACGAGGAUUUGGAAACGGCAAGACAAAGCUGCCAGGUUGAUUCAACGUACCAUAAAAGAGUACAUUGCGAUGAAAAAGGAGCGCGAGAGAAUUGCUCAGGAGGUGGACUCGCAGACGCAGACUUCGAGCCCGGGUGGCGUGGACGGUAGGGGCGGGGGUGGAUGGGGCGGUAAGCUGUCAGCCCUGCUGCAUGUGCACCGGGGUAGCCGGGCCAGUAGCCGCAAGUCCUCCAGGGCCAGCGACGCCAGCGACCUCAGCGAACUCGGCACCGCUUCGGCGUGGCUGUUCCCGAAUCUUCCUCUGCUGUUGCUCUCCGGCGCCACCGGAACCCACGAGGACCUGCAACCCCCGGCACUGACCGUGUCCCGUCCCUCACCAACCGCCGAUCAACCCUCCGCUGCCUCCAGCUCCGGCUCUGACUCUCACGCUACCGUCAGAUCGCUGGGCCCUACACUGGGCCGGCAGGACGCAGUGGAGAAGUAUCCGGAGGAGGAUGUACUCAGUCCACCGACAUCGAAGCGCAGCUCCUUGCGGCCGAGCGGCACCACUCUCUCGCUGAAUGCGCUGCAGCGGGAUAUCAAGGAGGCGUUCAACCGACGAUGCGGCAGCCUGAGACGUCGAGCGCUGCCGCCGGAACCGGUGCAGCUGCCGAUCGAGAGUAGUGACGUGAGUAUCUUGGUGACGGAGCCCAGUCCGGAAAACACGGCACCACCUUCGAGGCCGCCACUGAUCAGGCAGCAGUCGGAGGCGACGGUGGUGCACGUGCUGGUUCACCGGGAGAGCGAGGAAUACCAGGACACGCCGGACGACAGCUGA